AUGGACACAGAGGAGGGGGAGCCGAUGGCCGCGCGAGGGCGCCAGUCCGACGGCUGGCGGGCGGCGCUGGCUCGGCGACUUCCGGUGCUACGGUGGGCGCGCGCCUACGACCGUAGCACCGCCGUAGCUGACCUGAUCGCCGGGAUCACACUGGGGCUGAUGCUGGUGCCGCAGAGCAUAGCGUACGCCUCGCUCGCCAACCUCCCAGUGCAGUACGGCCUCUACUCAGCCUUCAUCGGUACGAUGCUGUAUGUUUUCCUGGGCACCGUGAAGGAGGUUUCCAUCGGACCUACCAGCCUGAUGGCCCUCCUCACUCUGCAGACGUGCCGCGGGCUGCCCAUCGACUUCGUGAUACUCCUCACCUUCCUCUCGGGAUGCGUGGUGCUGCUGAUGGGUCUACUGCGGCUUGUGGCGCUGUGCCGCCUGUACAAUGGUGUACUGCGCACGGCGCACUUCCCCUCUGAGUGGAAAACCGGCUUCCUGGUGGAGCUGAUCUCGCCGUCGGUGACUAGUGGCUUCACGUCCGCGACUGCGGUGAUCAUUACCGUUGCGCAAAUAAAGGGCCUGCUGGGCCUGAGCUUCGUGGCAGAGAGCCUGCACGAGAACCUGACCCUGAUUGUGCAGAACUGGCGACACGUGCGCACCCCCGACUGCCUCCUCAGCGCCGUCUGCUGCACAGUUCUGCUGAUACUACGCAAACUGAAAGACCUGAACGUGGGGCCCAAGCGGCACCGUCUGAAGAAGACGCUUUGGUUGGUGUCGAUCGCCCGCAACGCCCUGGUCGUGUUCGCUGCCUCCACCUUUGCUUACUGCACGUACAACCCAGAGCGGCCGCUCCUCAAACUUUCCGGGCGCGUGGAGCCUGGGUUGCCGGUAAUUGGUCUGCCGCCGUUCAGCACCACCUUGGGCAACCGCACCGUGGGCUUCGUGGAGAUGGUGCAAGAGCUGGGCUCGGGCGUCGUCAUGCUGCCAUUGGUGAUGGUGCUCGCCAACAUAGCAAUCGCUAAAGCCUUCUCGGAGGGCGGCCGUGUGGACGCCACCCAGGAGAUGGUGACCCUGGGCCUGUGCAACAUGGCGGGCGGGCUGGUGCGCGCGAUGCCCACCUGUGGGGCCUUCACCCGCUCGGCCGUGUCCCACUCCAGCGGGGUUCGAACCCCGGCCGCCGGGCUGUACUCCGGAAUCAUCACGUUGCUCGCGCUGAAUUUUCUGACGCAGUACUUCUUCUUUAUACCGAAAGCCUGUCUUUCCUCCGUCCUUAUUUGCGCGGUUAUAUUUAUGGUGGACGUGAGCGUGGUGCGGCUGUGGCGGCACGACCGCGGCGAGCUGGCCGUGGCGGCGCUCACGUUCUGCGUGGGCGUGUGGCGCAGCGUGGAGCUGGCCGUGCUCUGCGGCGCGCUGGCCGGCCUGGCCGCCACGCACCUGGCGCUGCUCCGGGCGCCGCUGCACCUGCACGCCGUCAAGAGCACUCGCGGCGAGGCGGUCCGAGCGCGGCCCACGCGCGCCCUGCUGUACCUGAACUGCGAGCGCUUCGCCACUCGGCUGCGGGCCGCCGCGCGCGGCCGGCGCCUGGUGCUGCUCGACUGCGGCGUGCUGGCCAUGCUCGACUUCGCCGCGGCCAAGACCCUGGAGCGGCUGAUCGAGGAGUUCAAGGAGGGCGACCAGCUGCUGAUAUUCUACAACGCGUCCACGGACGUGGUCCGCAAGCUGGAGAGGAUAGAGGGGGUGGACGCGCGCGCGCUGCGGACGCGCACCGUGCAGACGGCGCUGGACGCCGUGGCCGCCCCUCCCGCCCCCUCAGACCCCCCGGGGGGCGAGGAUGCCGCUCUCCUGGACAAGGAGCCCCGCCUCCCCGGCGAUGCUAACGUC